UGUCUGAAAUUAUCUAAUAAAAGUCGUAUUCAAAAUGUCGAGCAAGCGUCUAGCGAAACUUAAAAAUUCCAUAAAAAAUUCAUUCCUUGAUUCUCAUUUUCAAUAAUCAUUAAAUCAUUUAUUUCAUCUGCCAUUUGUGAGAACAUUGAGAUCUAAAUGGCCAUAACUUUUGUUUUAAAUUCCAAUUCCUCUCUUUCUGCACCGCACUUUCAAAUCACUUUUUUAAUGCCUUUCAAUCGAACACUCGGUUUCUUCACAAAAUUCACUAAAUUUAAACGAAAUUUUUUAGAUUUCCGUCUCAUGGCUUUUGCUUUAUAUAGUCGAAUGAAUACGGCUCACUGUGGACGGUCUGUUUUUGUGCCGAACUGCUUCAUUAUGGGGCAUGUAACGUCGUUUUUGCAUCUCACUCUUUUAUGUUUUCCUUUUUAAGUCGCUGUGUCUGCAUCUUUUAAGAUCUCCUUUGAGUGCGAAGGAAUGAUUGCAAAUUGCACAAUUAAAUAGCUUCUUCUUCUCAUGUUGUGCCUUAAUAUGUUGCUUUAAGCCAUGCUUCAUUUUAAAAGAUUUAUCACAAAUAUUGCAUUUAUGCUUGGAUUGCCGGUGUGUCGCAUUUUUAUGUUGAUAAAGAUUCUUAGAUCCUUUAAAUGUCUUAUUACAAAUUUUACAGAUGAAUGAUGUCCUUCGUGGCUUCCUUUGUAUAUUUUUAAUCCUUUUCUCUUUCAAUUCUGUCAGAAAUUUCGUGUAAUUUAUCUUUACAGCCUUCAUGUGCUGAAUGUUUGUCUUGCAAUUGAAUCUUUUAUGGAAAUUUAAACUUCUUUUUGUUGUGAAUCUUUUCCUACAUAGAGCACAAUGAUCUCUUGCCAUAUCCUUACUUUUAUGCUUUGUUACUUUAUGCAGCAAAAAUUGCUUGAAUGAAUUAAAUUUCCUUUUGCAGCAAACUUUUUUUAUAUGAACUAGUUCUUGUGUAGAUGACGGUGUAAUAGACCUGCUACUUUGUACUUGAAUAUCCUCAUCAAAUUCAGUUUUUACAUUAUUCCCGUGAUUUGAUUCCUUUACAUAAUUAUGGUCGUGCAUGAAUAUUGUGGAUAUAUAGACAUAAUUCUUAAUUAAUUCGAGUUCAUUUUCACCGUCGUCCUGAUCAUUAAUCUCAACUUUUAACUGCUUUGGACUUAGAAUUUGGAUCUCAUCUUCUUCAUAACUUGUGUCAUUCACUAUAUUCUGUUCUGAUAUCUCACACGUUAAUGCAUUUGUUUCAAAUGGAAGAAAGUUGAAUGGCUUAAUGUCCACAAUCUCUAGAAUCUCACAUUUCUUCUGAUUUGUACUAGUUCUAUUCGUUUGAAGUGCUAAAUGUUCCUCAAAAUUCUUUGGUGCUAGCAUUGGAACAUGCAAAUCAUCUUCAAUUAACGGUUCUAGUUUAAUACUUCGCGGAAUUUCAUCAAUUCGUCUUAUUGGAACUUCCUGAUUCAACAUAUUUUGUGCGACAAUCACACGAUCAAUAAAACUUGAGAAUGUAUUUAAAAUCUCAUUGCAUUCAUAGCAGAUUUUCUGCAUUAAGCUUAGAUUAAAAUUUACAAACGGAAGACACUUUCUCAUUAUCGAGAAGUUAUUGUCAUCAAUUAGAAUUAAGGAUCUUUCUCUUGACAAAGUCCUGCAAAGUCCACAAAACUCGUAAUUCUCAGUUUGUUCUUCUUCAACAAUUAUCACUGGUGGCAUUUGAUACACUUGCCUGAUGUUUAUUAAUGGGAUUGCAUGCCUUUUAAGUGACUUCCUUGAAUUUGCACCAUUCUCAAGAAUAUCUGUAGCUUUAAAGUGCUGAGAACAUAUCGAAGAGAAUUUUGUAAUUUUACGGACGACAUUAUCGCUGUCCUUUGAUGCAUUCUUAACAAACUCAAUCCAUUUCUCGCAAACUUCUUUGUUUUGAAAUGGAAAUCUACAAUAAUUAAGGAAAUCAGUGAUUAUUUAUUAAUUGAUUAAAUUAACCUACUUGUGAAAUGAAACAGUAUCUCCAAUUUGCUUGACCCUCUUACAGACACAACAUGCUGAUGGCAUUGUUCCUGGAUUUAUUUAUUAUCUAUGACUGAUAAAUAGAUGUUGUUUGUUUUGGUCAACUAAGGGGUGUAAAACUACCAUUUGUUUACAUCUCGAAAGUUUGUAUGAAUGAAAUUGAAUAUUCACACCUAAUUAGACGUCCGAUCAGCUGUUCCUUCGCAUGUUGUGCUUCUUUUGUUGUUUUUUCACUAAUUGCGAUGAUUUACUGUGUCUAGUUCAGGGCGAUUCCAUGAGUGAUUUUUUUUUUCUCAACUCAAUUUUUUGUAAAUAUUUCCUUAAUUAACUUCAUUUAACGCCAUAUUUAAGAUUUAUUUUAUUUAUUAUUAUGGUAUUUAUGUAUUUAAGUGCAUAAUCUUUUAGUUAAAUCUGUCUGACAAAAGAUAUUUUAAAAAAACCAAACUUAAUCGGUCAACUUUACGAAAAAUUGAUUUUUAAAUUUUCAUCAAUAUUUCUUCGAAUAUCCAUUGUUGUGUUACAAAUCUAUGAUAAACACACGUGAAAUCGUCUGUGCUUUAUAACAAUAUCUUAUUUGUAUGUCUUUCUACUGUAAUUAAGGAGAAAAUUGGGGAAAACACCACUUAAUCGGUCAACUUUCAACCGAUUAUUGCAAAACAUAUUACAUAUUUUUGUCAAAAUGCAGCAUAAUUAAGACGAUUAAAUGCUAAUAACACAUGAAUUGAUGAAUAAUAAGUCUUAUUUAGUGAAAAGAUAUGUUGAAAUAUGUAUAUUUAAGCAGAAAAAGCUAAAAAAGUUUUUGAAAAAAAAAAUUUCAGUUUCAUUUACCCAUGGAAUCGCCCUUCAGUCUAUUUUGGCUAAAAUUUAAUUAAUUCAAGUUUUUUGUGUCAAUUAAAAACUUGCGUGAAUAAAAUUCAAAAAAAUAAAAUGCGUUACAGAUAAUAACAAAACUUUGUUAAAUCACAAUUUGAUUUUGGGAUUUUGAUUUUCAUUUAAAACUCAAAAAACUCCCCAACCUUUACAAAAUACAGUAAAGUACAAAACAUACAGUAACAAGGUGUGAAUAUAGAAAUAGAUUUUUAAAAAAGAAUUUCUCUUAAAUUUUUAUUUCUACCAUUUAAAAACUUCUAAAUCCUGCUUUAAUUAGUUCAUUAAAUGUCGUGUGAAAUCAAUAUUAAUGCUUUUGUUAACAAUCUCGAUGAUAUUCAGUCGUUCUUUGGAUUAAAUGGAAUAACUGAUAAAUCAUGGCUUAAUGGAAUUUUUAUGAGUUAUCAUAGUGAUACAUUAUGCAUGGGCUAUGGAUCAAAACUCACCAUACUAUCAUCUUAUUAUGAUAAGGAACAACAGCAAAAAAUUUAUUCAAAUUUAAAGAAAAUCACUUUGGAUGAUGAAAAUCAAUUAAUCACUAACUCCUUAACAUUUCAAGUAACUGGAGGUAGUAAUUAUGUUGACUGGACAUGUAUAAUUAUUGGAUUAAGCACUGGAGUUCUUCAAUUUUAUGCUGAUAAUGCUUCAUUACUUUAUGAGAAGCACCUGAACAAUGAAGCUGUUCUGAACAUUAGAAUAAUUGGCGACGAGUUAACAAUAUUCUAUCAAUCAUGUAUAAUUGUGUACCCAAUAAGCCAUUUGAUCCCAUUGCUGAAAAGUUUAAAGGAAAUGUUCAAUAGAGCAAAGACAACUAAAAUUGAUCUUAUGGACAAAGAUUACAUGGUCAUGUAUAAGAAAUGGGACUAUAAAACUAAAGAACUACUCAUUUCUGAUGCAUUAAUGAUACCACAACAGAAGAUAUGCCUGUUUGAUCAUUUAGUAUCUGAAGGAUUAGAGCUUGGAUUCACGAAAAAGUAUCGAAAUACACCAACUCAGAAUGCCACUGUGAUUUCUACUGGUUCAAAACCAUACAUUAAUUUCCAUUCUGCAAGAGAAGGAUUUAAGCAGCAAGGUGUCUUGCAGGAUGUCGCAAAAGCUUUAGCAAAUAAAAUCACAUCAAGAUUACCAUCGUGGCUAACAGGAUCUCAACAACCCCAAAGUUCUGACAAGUCUGAAGCAAAUGAAUCAAUAAGUGAGACUUUAUAUCCAAGACAUGAGUUAGUUGAUUAUCAACGAACAGGAUGCAAUAUUUACAUGAGUCCAAUAAAUUAUCAAAUAGCAGCAGUAACUGAUACAUUAGGAAGAAUUGUAUUGAUUGAUAUUGCAAAAGGAAUUCCAAUAAGAAUGUGGAAAGGAUACAGAGAAGCACAAUGUGGAUUUAUUGAAGUGAAUGAAGGAUCGAAAUCGAGGAAAGAAAAUAAUGAAGGAAGAAGGUGUGGAUUAUUUCUUGUUAUUUAUGCACCACGUAAAGCAAUUAUAGAAAUUUGGUGCCUUCAAAAAGGACCAAAAGUAGCAACAUUUCAAUGUAGCAAGCACGGUUUUCUACUUUAUGAUAAUCAUUUGACAGACACGAAUCAACAACAUAAAUCAAGGCACAAUAAAAUUGCAUGCUUAUUCUUUGAUGCAACUGACAAUUGCUUAAAGACAUUUUCCAUUCCAUUUCAUUGCAUUUUAAGUGAAGGCAAUUCCAAAAGUGCUGAAGAUUUUCAUCAUUUAAAGCGAUUAAAAAUGAAUUUAAAGAAUAUUGACUUACAUGACGAGGAGGCUGUACAUGCUGGCAUCAUGCAAAAUAUUGAGAAAAUCCAAACGCCUGAAAUCAAGAUGAAAUGUCUCGAAUUAAUGACAAAUUAUAAGAAAGUUAAUCCACAAAUACUUCGUGAUGUAAUUGACAUUUUUGAGUCUAAAAUGGAAGAGCACGUACAGGAUGUACAGGAAAGUGAUGAGGAACAGCAUGAAGGAGAAAUACAAGAUGAAAUUUACAGGAAUCAACUUAGUGCAUCUUGUGAUAAUUAUAAGAAAUUAAUUGAAUGCUAUGUCCUGGCUACAUCCGAUUGUCAAGAUGAAUGCUUGAAAAAUGAGACAAUUGAGUUAAUGGAGAAUGAAUAUACAACAAUGCAGCGAUUAAUUGAAUUAAUGAACAUCAGUAAAAAGAGUAAUUCAAGUACAUCCAGAAAUGUCACAUUUGAGGAUACAAAUAUAAAAGAUGAGUCAAUUGUGGCAUUUUUGGGAUCUUUUAUAGUCACUGAAAAGGAUAAAAUCCCUUUAAAUACCGAGCAUUUGGAUAAUCAUUACGAUAUAAUCGGUUCCGUACUAUUUACACACGUCUGGAAAGAAAAAUUGCCGACCUCAAAACUUGCUAGAAUCUUCGAAUUAAUCAAUAUUUCUAGUGAGGAAGUCAUGCGAUGUUUUUUACAUUUCUACCUUAAACAAGUCACUGAUUUCACGACUGAGGACAGCGUUCUAGCAGACAUGACAAAAUUCAAAGUUAUUCUAGAUGAAGUGUGCAAUUUUGCAGGCGAUAAGGUGACUCAAUAUGCUUAUGACUCAAUUUGCAUUUAUUGGCAAGAUGUUCGUGAAUAUUUAUUAGAAAGUAAUAAUCCAAUUAAUGGAUUAUUAGCUGCUAUAAUUUGCAAAAUAUAUGCAUUAAAACAAGUUCAGAAUACAGAUGAGGCUAGUUUUGAGCAAGUCACGCAAGAAGAAUGUCAGUGGAUCCUGUUGACUGAGAAGCUAAAUGAUGUAGCUGUUCUGUCCAUUUUUAUCAGGCAUUUUGCUAGUAAUCAAGUUCAGAAGGGAAAGUAUGAGAUGCCAAGCAUUUCUUUGAAGAAAAUUUUGAAUGAAGGCAAAGGAAUAAUCAGCGAACUAGUUGCGCAAUGGCUUAUCCACACAAACUUAUCGAUCGACUUAAUAUUCAAAAAUUCGACUGACGAAAAUCUCGAGGCAGAUGAAAGAGAUGUCAUAAAGAAACUGGAAAUACUAAAGAUACAUUUCCCAUACAGUCUCGAUCCUUCCAUAAUUUUGUCACAACUGAUAUGGAUCACAAUGUCACAUUGGUCAAAAAACUUGUCUGAAAUUCAUUAUCUCAAAAGCAGCAUUGAGUAUUUGAAUCUGUUCAAAGAGACUGAAUAUCAUUUGAAGCAUGGACUUUGUGUGAUGUUAUGGAACGGAAAUUUCAAGAUUCCACUAAAAGCGACCCAAAAGUUGAUUAAUAAAACUGGAAGAUUACCAAAGGAGAAGUUAUGUCUGCAAAAUACAAUGAUUCCUGAUUUCUUAAUUCCACAGUUCCUUGAACAGACUUUAGUCUUCAUUAAUCACUUCCAAUCGUCUCGGAAUUUCAACAUGUUGACUUUCAAAUGUGAAGAAAUAUUACAACAAGGAUCGGCAUCAGAUCAAGCAUCACUUUGUGAAUUAAUUUUACAGCAAGCAGCCGGAAAUUCAACACUUUUGACCCUCCACUAUGAAAUGGUGUCUAUAUUGGAACUUAUAGCAUUUUUAAAUAUCAAAUAUACAAAACCAAUGCAAUCAUUAUUUGACGAAAUGUCAAACGAGUCAUUCUUUAUGGAUAUUAAUAAGCCUUUGACAUACAGCCUUCAAAAAGCAGACGAAAUAAGGCAAAACACGAGAAUCUUUUUCCUCAAAAAAGCCAUAAGCUGUACGAUUGAUUUGAUUGUUGAAUGUCAACAAAGUACAUAUUUUGAUGAUCACAUCAAAUGGAUUGAGAAAGUCAAAAAAGUUGGGCAUCUUUGGGAUUUGGACAGUGGAUUGCUUGAUCGUCAUCAUGUUCUUGAACUGUAUGUCUACGGCUACGAUGAACUAGCUGCUGAUCUAUUCGAAAAAGUAUCAGAACGUGAAAGAAUUAUCAAACAACUUCUAGACAUAGCUGCAAAAAGACUUAAUUUAUAUCUGUCAAACAAUCGUGGUGGAUGGAAACAAGUGGCUUCUGGUGGAUCAUUGCUCACAAAUUAUUUAGAGACUAUUCAAGCACGAAAAGACGACGCAUUGCUUGAUCAUGUUCGAUCAUCAAGUAUUGAUCAUUUAUACAGACUUGCUUACAAGAUUUUCGAAGUUGCAUCGUCAAAUAAGAACUUUAGCGAUCCAAGAGCUCUUCGUCUUGCAGGUCAAUUGCUAGAUACUAGCCUUUUACUGAAAAAUGAAAAUUAAUUAUAUUAUGAAUUUUUAUGCGCCUUAAAAAUACCUUUUUUAAUGUUUAUAAAAUAUCUUUUCUUCUCUCCAAUCUUGUACGGUUAGUUCCAUAUAAUUUACACGAUUUCCUUCUACUUCCAAUAGUAAUAGCAUUGUUGCAAUCAUAAAUAAAUUAAUUUUAAUAAAAAGGGAGACAUAUGCGCAUACAAACAUUAUAAUAAUAAAAGAAUUUGACGAUUUAAAAACUCUUUUAUGUGUAUUUUGUGAAUACAUCCUUCAGAAAUGAUGUUGUGGAAGUUGUGGACGCUGAUGAUGUUGGAACUGCUUGGUCGGUUUCUUUUAAAAUUCGGUUCUUUAACAAUUUUAUUUUACGCAAUCUUUCUAGCCAAUUAUUGGCAUAUGGGCUGAUUUUUGGAUUCUUCAACGAUGUGGAUACUAGCGAAGCCAU